AUGAUGGACAACUCAGUAGUAAGUCAGAUUAUUCUCAUCAUAGUUCUGUCAGGCGAGUGCGCGGGCGCGCUCGGCAUGGAGGCUGGGCGGAUCCCGGACAGCGCCAUCUCCGCCUCGUCGUCGUACGAGGCCAAGUCCGUGGGGCCGCAGAACGCUAGGAUCCGGCAGGAGAUGAACGGCGGCGCGUGGUGCCCCAAGGCGCAGAUCUCGAGCGAGGUGCGCGAGUACCUGGAGGUGGACCUGCAGGCCGAGCACCGCAUCACGCGCACCGAGACGCAGGGCCGCUUCGGCAACGGCCAGGGCCAGGAGUACGCCGAGCAGUUCCUGCUCGAGUACUGGCGGCCGGGGCUCAGCCGCUGGGUGCCGUACCGCGACCACCAGGGUGACAAGGUGCUGCCGGGGAACACCAACACGUACAUCGUGGCGCGCCAGGACCUGGCCAUGCCCUUCGUGGCCACCAAGGUGCGCUUCAUCCCGCACUCGGAGCACCCGCGCACCGUCUGCAUGCGCGUCGAGCUCUAUGGCUGCCUCUGGGACCAGGGCCGGUGGGUGGGCUGGCGCAACGACUCGCUCCGAGGACGGCCCGUCGAGCUUACCUUCCACUUCGCGGCGCCCAGAGAGUUUGUCGCCGUUCGGCUGCACCUCAACAACCGCAUCAGUGGCGGCGCCCAGGUGCCGCGCCUGGUGCGCGUCCUGCUGAGCCCGGACGGCACGCGCUUCCAGAACCCGUCGGCGGGCGUGGCGGUGGCGCCGCCGCCCUCGGUGCUGGAGGACGAGGAUGAGGUCGCCCAGGAGGUGUCCGUGCCGCUGGGAGGCAAGGCCGCCCGGAGUGUCCGGGUCCAGCUCUUCUUCUCGUCCACCUGGAUCCUGGUCAGCGAGGUCAGCUUCGACUCGGCCCCCUUCAACGGCAACUUCACGGACGACAUGGUGGAGAUGACGAGGGCGCCCGAAGUAAUAAGCAGCGGUGGCAACGGCAACAGCAACAGCGGAGGGACCGGAGGAGGAGGAAGUGGCGGCGGGAGAGGCCACCAAGUCCCUGGGCAGCCCCAGAGCGGCCCGCCCCCCGCCGAGAGGGGCGGGGGCGGCGCGGGCGGGGCGGCCAACGACGCGAAGGGCGCUGGCAAAGAGAUUCCUACGUCCCACAACGAGGUGCUCGACGCCCACAAGGACGAGACCCCCACGACGACGGCCACCUCGGAGCAGGGCACCUACAUCGGCGUGGUGUCGGGCGUGCUCUCGGUGCUGGCCGUCACCCUGGGCUGCGUCGUGCUGGUGCUGGUGCGCCGCGGCCGGCAGAAGGUGUCGCUGCUGCACAAGCACGCCGCGCUCAUGUGCAGCGCCAAGGCGCCCGCCCUGGGCCAGGCCGUGUCCAUGAAGGACCUCAAGACGUCCGUCAGCAUCCUGGGCGGAGGGGUGGGCGGCGUCGGCGGCGUCGGGAUGGGCGUCGGCGUCGGCCUGACGCCGGCCGCGUCCAUGGGGCUGGGCGGCGGCGGCGGCGGCUCGCUGUACGGCACCGGGACGGGCAUGAGCCUGGGCAGGGCGCGCCUCGUCAAGAACGGCUACGUGUCGGCGCCGCGCCUCUCCAUGUCCAAGAACAACGUCAUGUACGGCCAGGUGGUGGCGGGCGAGGAGAGCGACUCGGAGAACUCCAUGGCGUACCACGAGCCGUACAAGCUGCUCAUGCCGCCCAGCAAGCAGCAGCAGCAGCAGCAGGAGUACGGCUGCCUGCUCGGCCAGAAGGAGCUGUCCUCGAGCAAGAGCGGCGACUACACGGACUUUACGAGCGUGACGAGCAUCCACGACGACCCCAAGUACUCGUCGUCCUCCGUCUACCACUUGUCCAACGGGCUGGGCUCGCGCUCUCAGUCCAAGUACGACGUCAAGGGCCUGUUCGGCACGAGUGCGCGUUCCAACGAGAACUUCUACGCCGCCACCGACAUCGUCAAGUCUGAGCGGAGAGAGCAGCACCUGGCCAUGGGGCGCUUCACCUGCCUCAUGCUGCCCAACGGGCUGCCCGCCGACGGCGCGUCGUCGCUGCUGGACUUCCAGCGGCAUCGGCUGCGCGUCACGCAGGCCCUGGGUGAGGGCUCCUUCGGCACGAUGCACGUUUGCGAGACGGACGGCGCGCUGGACUUCACCUCCUCGUCGUCGACCUUCAGCAAGCGGCAGCCCGUGCUCGCCAAGACGCUGCACCGAGGGGCCGAUCCUGAUACACAGCAAGAGUUUCUGCGGGAGGCGACCUGGCUGGCCAGCGUCCGGGAUCCCAACGUGUGUCGCGUGCUGGCGCUGUGCAGCCAGGACGGGCCGCUCUGCGUGCUGCAGGAGUACUCGGAGAGCCGGGAGCUGGCGCGCGUCCUCAACGACAACCCCAACAUUAGUUACGGCUGUCUGAUCUACAUGGCGACGCAGAUAGCCUCCGGCAUGAAGCACCUCGAGUCGCUGGAUAUCACUCACCGGGACCUGGCCGCGAGGAACUGCAUCGUGGGCCGCAAUUUCCAAGUCAAAGUGUCGGACCACGCCGUCUUCUGCAACGAGUACGAGCCGCAGUACUACUGCAGCGACACGGGCUCGCGCCUCCCCAUCCGGUGGAUGGCCUGGGAGAGCCUGCUGCUGGGCCAGCACAGCCCGCGCAGCGACGUGUGGUCGUUCGCGGUGACGCUGUGGGAGGUGCUGGGCCGCUGCCGCGAGCUGCCGUUCUGCGAGCUCACCUCGGAGCAGGUGGUGGAGAACUGCAGCCACUGGUACCAGGACUCGGGGCUGCAGCGGGCGCUGUCCCGGCCGCCGCUCUGCCCGCGGGAGAUCUACGACCUGAUGCUGGAGUGCUGGCGGCGCGCCAAGGAGACGCGCCCGCGCUUCCACGAGAUACACCUGUUCCUGCAGCGGAAGAACCUCGGCUACGAGCCCGGCUGCGGCUGAGUGCGAGAGUGCGAGCGUUCGUGUGUGUGCUCACUGACAUUUUGCUCACGUCGGCGAACCGUGUCGUCGACGCGAAAUGAUGGAAGAGGAAGGGGAAAAGGAAAAUGUGAUACUCGUUAGGUUUAAACUAAUUAUUAUAGGCUUUAAUUUUCCUUCCGUUUUUUGAAAAGAAUUAUGAUUAUCAUUAUCGUUUAGUUGUUUUUAUCAGUGCAGAUUAACACGUCGUUUUGCUGGCCACCCAUGGUGCUUUUGUAUAUAAUGACUAGUUUAGAUGUGUACAUAUCAAUCAGAUUCUGCUGCCGCGUGCACCUGCGAUGUCGCGAUGGUGCAUGCAAAGGAGUUAGUUAUCUCUUACGGAGCACACCAACUCCUAGUGUAAUAGGCAAUAAAAUCGGCAGGCUUCUUUGUUACCUACGUAACAGAUGCCGGUCGCCGAAUGUUCAUAUUGUAUAGUUUUUCGGUCAAUCAACCCCAGCGUUCAGCUGUCAGCCGUGCACUUCUUACUACCAGCUCGUUGAUUGUGUCUUUUGCAUUCAAUUACUAGUCUCUGUGUCAGUCAUUGUUCAAGUGAUUAAGUCAUUUCUUCAUUUUUCGUCUUUGCUUUCCACAACUUUUUUUCUCGGGCUCGUUAAGCGUUUUCCCGUUUAUUGAAACGGAUAAUUGGUAUGGUACGGAAUAUUCCAUCAUAAAAUUUAUUUUAAACUUUCGACAAGACAUAAGUAAAUUAAGCAAUGUUAAAAAAUUGUGGUAAUUUUCAUUACUAGGUAGUAUGAGUGGGGUCCAAAAUUAUAAAAUUUGUCAGUUUGCAAAAGUUUGAUUUUAUUUUGAUCAGCUGAUGGGGUCUAUCUAGCCUUUGCUAAAUGGCUCUGCCCUCCUGUUACUGGUUUGCAGUUCCUGCUCAAUAUUUCCCAAAGAAGCCAAGUGAAUUUUGAUUGUCACUUUUUGUUUUAUUUCUGACAUUUACUUUGAUAUAUUAUGGCUGCUCUUCGUUCUAUACUUGAAAGAUUUCCAACGAAAAUAUUUUUACCUGUGUAUGUCUAUGUCUUCCUGCAAAUUCUUUACGUGAGGAGCAAAUUUAUUCUUGGACGUUAUUAUUAUCGGAGUAAUGUCACUUUGCCCUUCUCCCUUCCGGGGUGCGGUCACAGGGUGUGAUAUAGUGGCUGUACUUCAUCUGUGUCUCUUUUACAUGCAUACUUUUCAGUUGUAGUAGGGAUAUGAUGUUUAAUAUCACUUUAGUUAUAAACGAUUUUAGCUAAAAUAGUCUGAAAUUUUUGUAUUUAAUAAAAACGUGAUGAAACUUAAGAGGAUAAUAUAUUUUCCGUGUGAUCACCGCAUUGUAUCUGUAAAGCUGUGCGAAUGUAAUCUUUACAGUAUGUAAAUACCCUCAAUGAAUUGAAUUUGUUAAUCUCCAUUGUUGGAGUUCUCACGAAAAUGUCUAUACCUUUUAAGUACUUCCUUAAAAGGUCAAAUUUUUGACUAUCAUCGAUAUUUAUAAACUUGUAUGAAUUUCAUGUUAAUGAAAAAUCUAUUAUAAUGUUACUUUCUAUACAAACUCUCGCACUUGACCAGUCUUGUACAUAUUUUUCUAACAGAAGUAGUGAUGUGGGUAUCUUUAGAUUCAUAUAGGUAUAUACAUAUACCUAGGUAUUGACCGCCAACGGACAAUCAGUCACUAAGUAAAGAAAGAGACCGAUGGGAAAUUUUCUGUUGUAGCCUCCAUAUCUUUCUAUUUCAAUGUACAAUUCUUUUCGAGGGGGCCACCACUCUCUCUUUGGAUGUACACAUGAUUGCAAAGAUUGCGUGAUUUCACAUGAUUUCACGGAUUUCGCAUAUUAUUUUAGAAGAUUUCACGCUACAACCUGCCGGCAGAUUAUGUCUGAUUUGAAGGAUUACAGAUAAUUUCAGCGGAUUUUACCGGAUUUCGGCGGAUUUCACAAGAUUCCAGCGGAUUCUACGUGAUUCCGGCGGUUUUUACAUAACCUUCUAAGGAUUUCAGACUAAAAUUUGCUGGCAGAUUACGCAUGAUUUCAUGAUUGCAGGUGGAUUUCAAAUGAUUUCGGGGGGAUUUCAGGGAGGGCGUACACAUGAUUUCAGAAGUGGCGGCCCCCUCGAUUCUUUUAGCACCUGAAAGAUACACUUAAUUGAAAGAAAUGAAAUCAAACAUAGUUUCCCUACAUAGUAAAACAGCACAUUUUAAUUUUGUGCUCUUAAAGUGGUAGUGAUUAAGAGUAAAACUUCAAAGUACAAAACUAAAAUAAAUUAAAUAUCUGCCAUAGUGCACUUCAUAACAAUAUCCUCCAGAGUUAGUGAACAAAACACAAGACCAUAACUAAAGUUUUGCAUAAAUGUUUUGUUUUAAAAGAGAACGAUUCCAGUUUUGUUCACGAUCUUGAUUGUGUAAUGCCAGAAAAAAGAUCCUUAUUAAGACAUAUCACAAUUGAGUGCACCGAAGCAGAAGCGAGGAGUGUAUGCGUAUCUCUGUGAGAGUGAAUGAAUACUCGAAACCAUGUAUGCGGAGGUGAAAGAGAACGAAAAUAAAGAAGAUUAAAAAUA